AUGUGGAAGAGUCCACGAAUGCCGAACUGCUCGAGCGAGCGGAAUGGUUUUGUUCAGGUUGGAGCCGAGGGCUACUUCUUUCCAAACAAGUUUAAAGACGAGGCGGAGAAGUAUUACAACUUUGAGGCGCGACCGAAUGACGUCUGGAUAGUGACAGUGCCCAGAUCAGGCACCACUUGUAGACAGGAGCUGAUCUGGCUGCUGGACAAUGGCCUGGACUGUGAGCAGGCCCAGCGGCGACCUCUCACCGAGCGUUUUCCCUUCUUCGAGUUUCCACUCUUCAUGCACAGCCAGGUCAAGGCAGAGCUUCUGGAGGAGAACCAUGAAUCAGCUGAUGCCUUGGAAUUCAUUGAAAAGAUUUCCCGGCCGGGAUACGAGGUCCUAAGUGAAGUGCCUUCUUCCCAGCGACGCUUCAUCAAGACGCACUUUCCAUUCUCCUUGCUGCCGCCGAGUGUUUUGCAGAACAAAUGCAAGAUCGGUUACGUUGCCCGCAAUCCCAAGGACGUUGCAGUCUCCUAUUACCACUUGAACCGACUCUUCCGCACGCAGGGAUACAUUGGCGACUUUGAGCGCUUCUGGCGAUACUUCCAACGAGGAUUAACUCGCCAUGUGAAUGAAGCCCAGAACAAUUGCCACUUGUCCAACGUUCUCUUUCUGCGUUACGAGGACAUGCUGAAGGAUCUGGCAGGCACUACCGACUGCCGCAGACCUCGACAAACUACUCAUCUGAGCAUUGAAAACUUCCGCGUGAACAAGUCCGUGAACAUGCAUGAAAUGGCCUCCGUUGGAAUCCUGAACAAAAACGAGGCGGGAUUCGUCCGGAGAGGCGGUGGAGAGAGUGCCAAAAAUGGUCCGCACACUCAAAUGGAGUUUGUCGAUAAUCCCAAGCUGCUGAAAUGCGCCAACGAAUGGAUCGAACAGAAUGUUAAAUGCUUUAAGACCAUAUGA